UGUGAAGACAAGUAAGCUGCUGCUGUACCACAGGCUGAUCCAGGAAACAUGUUGAAGUCCCAGCAGAUGAGGGCUCUCAUGAAAGCCCCAAGGAAGCGGCCAUACAGCUGCGACACUUGCACCAAGCAGUUUGAAACCCCUUCUAAACUGGCAAGACAUUACCUGACCCACACCGGCCAAAAGCCCUUCCAAUGCCUGGACUGCAAUAAGACUUUCCGUCAGUUGGUGCACCUAGAAAGGCACAUGGUGACCCACAGUCUCCCAUUCCAGUGUAAUGUCUGUCACCGCCACUUUAAAAACGCCGACGCAUUUUCCAAGCACCAGCGCCUGCAUGUUGAGGGUGCUCGGCUGAAAGGGAGGAUGACCAAAAAGCCUGCGGGCUCCCGCCGGAGGAGAUGCCUCUCUCUCCCGCUGCAUUGUUUCGGGUGCCAGAGGACAUUUGAAAGUGAAGAAAAGAGACUACUCCACCAGUGCGACUUUGUGAACAUCGCUGCUGCCUUCAGGAAGCCAGAAACUCAGCAUUGUGGCUUGUGUGACAAGGUGUUCCCCUCCCGCUCCAAGCUGGAGAGACACCUCAUGAUCCACACUGGCCAGAAACCAUUUGCCUGUGUUCUUUGUGGAAAAGCCUUCAGGCAGAAAGCUCAUCUCAAAAUCCACGAGCUGACCCACACUCAGGAGAGGCCUUUUCAAUGCAGUCUGUGUUUCAAGUCCUUCAAGUCACCAUACCAACUUCUCAAGCAUGGAAAAAUGCACGCAACCAUGUCCACUGUUCAAAUUAAUGUGGGGAUUUCUGCAACCGCACCUUUGCAAGUUAAGGAGGAGCCCGAUGAGGUUAUUCCUUUCCAGUGUUCCUCAUGUCACCAGGGCUUUGAUAGCCAGCAGACCCUGGACAAUCAUAUCUGCGAGGGAAUGAACACACAUGUAACAAUAACUUGUCCCAUAAAGAGUUGUGACUCGGCAUCUGUGAAAAAAACAAAAAGACACGGUAUGUAUUUGGACCCUCACAGCGAAAUAUUUCCCGCCGACCCUGAACCAUCUGAGAGUCUGCUAAAGACUGAACUGGAGGACACACAACACCGUGACCCUGAUGCACCUGAAUGCCAGCAGUUUGUUGUCCCCAGAAAUAUAUUGCAGCUGUAUCCACAACAAAAAGUGAAACCUCCCAGAAAACCAUUUGGACAGUCUCAUCUGCUUCUUGGAAGACGCUUUAGAAACCAACAUUUAAAUGAUAAUAGAACGGUGGGGAAUAGAGAUGCUGGAACUAUGCACAACUAUGGGAAAGGAGACCCUGGAGAUGUUAGGGACACGUUUCACCACUUUCUGCAGCAGGCACAAGGCAUUUUACUGCCAAGGCACAAAGCCAGGUGCGACCGCUGUGAGAAAUCCUUCCCUUCCAUGUCCAAGCUGCGUAGGCACUACCUCAUCCACACCGGACAAAAGCCCUUUUCAUGCAUUGCGUGUGGAAGGGGUUUUAGUCAGUCUGCCCACUUAAAGCGACACCAGGUGACCCACGCAGAGGAAGACCAUCUGUACAGGUCACAGGUUGCUUUGGGUGAUUAUCAUUCUUCAUUUAAUCAGUGGCAAGAAAACUCAAGUUACCAGUUACACCAGCACUCUUGUAGACCCAUUGAAAACAGCCAAGACUUUAGUGAAAUUACUUUUGUUGUCCCUGAUAUAAAAGUAGAAGCAGGAACAGCUGAUUUGCCUGAGGUUAUUAAAAAGUCAGCGGUUACUAAGAGGGCAAGGAUAACUUUGCCAAGAGCUCCUAAUGCUAAAUCCAGCCAAGAAAGGCCGCUGCAAAAAACGAGGACGCGAGCAGUUCAGAAUAGGUAUAGAUGCAGUGUGUGCUCCAAGAGUUUUCAUACACCUUCCAAACUUGAGCGCCACCUUCUUACACAUUCUGGCCAGAGGCCUUUUGUGUGCCAGGAGUGCGGCAAAUCCUUUCGCCAGGAUGCCCACCUAAAACGACACAUGGUUACUCAUGUUAAAGUGCCGGAAUAG